GCCGCGUCUGCCGCGUCAGGGGGCACCGCCGGGCCUCAUGGCCGCCGCGCUCCCCCGCCGCAGCGCUGGGCCUGCAGCCUCUGGGCCCUGGAGCCUGAGCCGCCGUCUGCUGCUGCUGCUGCUGCUGCUGCACUCGGGUUAUAAAGAAAACACUUCCACACCAGUUUGCGGCAAACCCUGGUGGUCAGGGGAUUUGGAUGUGAUCCGCCAUUGGCCCUGGGAGGUGAGCCUCCGGCUGGAAAAUGAGCACGUAUGUGGAGGGGCCCUCAUUGACCUCGACUGGGUAGUGACUGCUGCCCACUGCAUCCAAGGCACCAAAGAGUACUCAGUGAUUCUUGGUACCAACAAGCUGAAGCCCGCAGACUCCCUGAGGGUCACCAUGAUCCCUGUGAAGGACAUCGUUAUGCACCCCAAGUUCUGGGGCCGGACCUUCAUCAUGGGGGAUGUUGCCCUUCUGCAGCUCCACAGGCCCGUGGCACUCAGCAAGUACGUGCAGCCCAUCUGCCUCCCAGAGCCCAGCUACAACCUGAAGGUUGGGACACAGUGCUGGGUGACUGGCUGGGGCCAGGCUAAACAGCGCUUCUCAGUUAACUCCACACUGACCCCAGAGCUGCAGGAGGCUGAGGUGUUUAUCAUGGACAAUAAAAGGUGUGACCAGAUUUACCGCAAGAAGUCCUUCAUCCCCCACAUUGUCCCCCUUGUCCUGGGGGACAUGAUCUGUGCCACCAAUUACGGAGAAAACUUGUGCUCGGGAGAUUCUGGGGGCCCAUUGGCUUGUGAAGUCGAGGGCAGAUGGAUUCUGGCUGGGGUGUUGUCCUGGGAAAAGGCCUGUGCCAAAGCAGAGAAUCCAGGUGUAUAUGCCCGCAUCACCAAAUACAGCAAGUGGAUCAAGCAGCAAAUGAACAAUGGGCCUCUCUCAUGCCUCCAAACCUCUACCUGGCUCCUACUCCUGUUCUGGCUGCUGCAGCCCCAGAUGGGUCCCUGAUUUCCCCUCUCUCCUCUUUUUCCUGCUUUGCCUCUGCUGUGUGGGUCCAGAUCAAGGUUAGAUCAAGGUCAUGUGUCUGUAUUCAAUAGGAGUCAAGGUGGGGAAAGAGUGGCCCCUGGGAGAUGGGGCCCUGCUUUUGCAUCUCAGUGGGGAGGGAUGUGGGGGAUGACUGGGCCGUGGGUGACCAGGAGAAGGGAAGUGUGGCCUAGAAGGGCUCUGGAUUGGGGACCAGGAUAGCCGGGAUUAAAUUUGUGCAUAUGUGAGCUGGCUUUGUUUUCUUUUCUGAGUGACCCUGCGGGGGUUGGGGGUGGGUGGGAAGGCAGGGUCUCCUGGAAUUAAUUCUGCUGGCAGGCUCCCCACAGUGGAGGCUGAUGGUUUUUGCUGUGUCAGUGGUGUGGGGACAUAGGGAAAGGGCCAGGGCUGAGGCCUCUGUUUCCUUAUCUGUAAAGGGGGCCUGCUAUAAGGGAGCUGCUAAAAUAUGCCUUGUAGCCUGACAGUAGGAAGGACCCACCUAAAGUGCUCCAAACUUAGCUUGCUUUCUUGUUUGUUUUUUUAAAUGGCACUAAAACCUGCUUGCAAAAGUAUUACCUGUUCAUCAUCUAUGUCUUUUCUUUUAAAAUUAAAAAAAAAAUUAUAGGCAAUAUCGGAAUACAUCCUUGGUGUGAUUUACUGAAAAUAUUCAGAAAUACAUGUAAAGGUUUCCCCCCUUCCCACCUGACCACCAGUGCUGCUCCCUUCCCCAGGAGUAAUCUCUUGGCAUCCUUAAAUAAAAUGUCUAUAUGAUUUUUUAAAAUAAAUGGGAUCUUAGAUGUAUUGUUAA